UAGGAUGCCAAACAACUGCUUUCAAUCCAAUACAAUUAAGCAGUCUCACGAAUACACUUAAAGAUAAUAAAUUAUAUAUUUUAGCUCUAGCAUAUGCUGCUGCAUCCGUUAAUGGUAGCGCAAAUAAUAAACCAUUGUUUUUAUUUGAUGGAUUAACUUAUAGAAUAUUGGAGGAUCAUUAUUAA